ACGCCGGCGCGAUGCGGCGCCGCUUCUGGGGCGUGUUCAACUGCCUGUGCGCCGGCGGGUUCGGGGCCCUGGCCGCCGCCGCCGCCAAGCUGGCCUUCGGCAGCCAGUCUUUUUCAGAAGUGAUCAGGCUUUCAUUAUCCACUGUGUAAGCAGGCUGCCCUUGGCCCUUACGAUGCCCUUUUGUAAAUCAUCCCUUUCCAAAAGACUACUCAUCUACAAGAAAUUUGAGGUCUACACAAAAGAAAACUACCCCCUGCCUGCGGCCUCAUUCUCUGUCAACAAGGUGAAUAUUGGCUUAUGUGUCUUAGGCAUUAUUGCCAUGGCAAGCACCAAUUCUCUGAUGUGGACCUUCUUUAGCCGGGGCCUCAGUUUCUCUAUGUCUUCAGCCAUUGCAUCUGUCACAGUGACUUUUUCGAACAUACUCAGUUCGGUACCAAGAGCCUGUUGAAUAACAUGACCUUGAAAGCCUUCUCAUAGCCUGAAGCAUCAGCAUUCAUCAUCUCCCAGUUUCCAGAGGUUGAAGACAAAAGCACAAAGAGGUUAUUCAAGGGCUGAUAUGGAAGACGAUUAAAGUUUUAUUGUUUUUGAUUGAUAUGGUCCUCAAGCCUCACCCCUUGGCAGCCACUGCAAGGUCACAUCUACCCCAGGACCACAUAAAAAAGGCCACAUCCUGCUCUGAGAAUUACUCUGGCAGUGCUGUUGGCAUCAGACUGGAGUCUGACAGGGCUGCAGAGAGAGACAGUGGGACCAUGGACAUCAGGAAGGCGCUGGUGAUUUACUCUGUGAACAUGGAGAAAAAGGAGAAUGCUGCCGCCCACCACACAUUGGAUUUCCAGACCAAUAAGCUUGUGCUCAGACGUGGACAGUUAUUCAACAUAAAGGUGAUACUAAACAGACCUCUCCAUCCUAAGGACGAACUGAAGCUGACGUUUAUUGUUAGAGGAUCAAAAGUGCCAUCCUUGGUGGAGCUUGAUCCGAUGACAUCCUUCCGUUCUAAGGGCUGGCAAGUGAAAAUUGCCAAACAGUCCGGCGAAGAGGUCAAACUGGCUAUCAUCAGUGCUGCCGAUGCUGUAGUGGGAAGGUACAAACUGCGUGUGAAUGAAUAUAAAGUUGGAGAAUUCUUCCUUCUCUUCAAUCCAUGGUGUGCAGAUGACAACGUUUACAUGCCUAGUGAGGAGGAUCGGGCAGAGUACAUCCUUAAUGAUUCCGGCUACAUUUACAUGGGUUUUGCCAAACAAAUUAAAGAGAAGCCCUGGACCUUUGGUCAGUUUGAAAAGCACGUUCUGAACUGCUGCUUCUCCCUGUUGGAACAACUGGAGCAUGGUGACAUGCAGAGCCCGGUAUAUGUGUCCAGGAGCAUUUGCACUAUGAUGUGUGCUGCCAACAAUGGCGUGCUGGUGGGGAACUGGUCAGGAGACUACAGCAACGGCACGGCCCCGUACGUGUGGGCCAGCAGCGUGCCCAUCCUGCAGCAGCACUACUUCACCAAGCUGCCUGUGUGCUUUGGCCAGUGCUGGGUUUUCUCUGGAAUCCUGACCACAGCGUUGAGAGCAGUGGGCAUCCCAGCUCGCAGCGUGACUAACUUUGAGUCAGCCCACGAUACAGAAAAGAAUCUCACAGUAGACAUCUACCUGGAUGAGUCGGGCAAGACAAUUGCGCAUCUGACCAAAGACUCUGUCUGGAAUUUCCACGUGUGGACAGAUGCCUGGAUGAGAAGACAGGAUCUACCCCAGGGCAAUGAUGGCUGGCAGGUCCUGGAUGCUACGCCCCAGGAAAUCAGUGAGGGAAGCUUCCGCAUUGGACCUUCUCCACUGAGUGCCAUCCGCCAGGGAGCAGUCCAAACCCAGUAUGACACCAAGUUUGUCUUCACGGAGGUCAAUGGUGACAAGUUCAUCUGGCUGGUGAAGCAGAACCAGGGGAAGGUCCUCCUCGCCGUGGAAACUGCGAGUAUUGGCAAGCACAUCAGCACCAAGAUGGUGGGCGAGAACAGACGUGAAGACAUUACCUUGCAGUACAAGUACCCAGAAGGCUCCCCGGAGGAGAGGAAGGCCAUGGACAGGGCCUCUGGUAAACGUCCUGAUGAGAACAAGCCCACCUUGCCACAUAACACCCUUCUUCAGAUACAUGUCCGCCAGAACUCUGUGGAGCUAGGGUAUCCUAUCACUUUGACCCUAAUUUUGAAAAGGAAAACGAACACCCCACAGAAUGUGAGCAUUUCAUGUUCCCUCGACCUCCAGACAUACACGGGCAACAAGAAGACAAACCUGGGCGUCAUCCAGAAGUCGGUGCAGCUCCAAGGUCAAGAAUCAGAGGUGGUUCUCAGCUUGGAUGCCAACUCCUACAUCUACAAACUGGGCAUGGUUGAUGAUGAGGUGGUCAUCAAGGGGUUCAUCAUUGCAGAGAUCACGGAAACCGGUGACAAAGCAGCCACGGACACGACCCUGUGUUUCCUGUACCCUGCUUUCUCUGUUGAGAUGCCUAGCACAGGCAAGGUCAACAUGCCACUUUCAAUCAACUGCUCCUUCAAGAACACCCUGCCCAUCCCUUUGACUAACAUCAGGUUCUCAGUGGAAAGCCUGGCCCUCUCUAAGAUGCAAUCCUGGAAGCAAGGGACACUGUCACCUGGAAUGUCCCUCAAUUUCCAAAUGAAAUUCACCCCAGUGAGAACUGGAGCCAAGAAAUUUAUUGUCAAGUUUACUUCUAGAGAAGUGAAAGAGGUUGAUGCCGAGAAGAUCAUUCUCAUCACCUAGCCCAGCUGAUACCAUGGAGGUGGAGGCAGGAGCCCUGAUUGGCUCUGAGCCUUGGCUAAGCAUGUUAGCAUUUCCUUAAUUGUACUUAGCUUUCAGGUCAGGGAUGAUUAUAUUUAAUUAACUCAUGUGAGGGCAGAUUCAAGAGCCAGCCCAGGAACAGAUAAGAGCUCAAAGGCCAAUGUAACCAUAGGCAGUAGCCCCAUGGGGCCAGGGCACCUCCCUACAGCUUGAAGCACACAUCACAGGCAGACAUCUCAAACACAAAACAUAUUUAGGAGUCAAGGCCUCAGAAGACAGUGCAACUGUCAUCUGUAUUCAGAACCAUAUACAAAACCCAGAGCUGCUAUUCAGUGGGACUGAAAGUGUUAGAGGCAUCUUCCAUCUGGACUAUGGAUUCUAUCAAGUACAGGGGUACCUAGAGGAUGACUAGACAGUCCUGUAGCAAAGUAUCCUGGAGCUGAGCCUGGGCCUGGCACUAUGUGCUCAUCUCAAGGCUCUGCCCUCUCAGAAGCAGGCCCCACGCUGGCGUGAGGCCCUCUUGUCUCUAGGUGAGCCACAGGAAGGAGACCCCACAACCUGCACCCGUUCGAGUAGGAGUCUACGGCCAAUGAUAAGAUCUGGGGAAGCAACUUAUCCUGCUCUGCUCAUUGGAGU